GCAGGCAGCAAUGGAUCAGCUGAAACUUAUGGGACCUGUUAUAGUGAAUGGAAUCUUGAGGUCUUUAGAUGGUUAUUCAAUUACAGAAUCAGAUGCUAUUUCCAGGGAUGUCAAGUCCUUUGCCUUUCAAGCUAUUGGUUUGAUAGCACAGCGCAUGCCUCAACUUUUCAGAGAUAAGAUUGAUAUGGCUGUUCGACUUUUUGAUGCUUUGAAAGUGGAGGAUCCAUUUCUUCGUCUCACCAUUCAAGAAGCAACCAAUUCCCUGGCUGUAGCGUACAAGGGAGCUCCAGCACCUGUCUUGAAAGAUCUGGAGGCACUUCUGCUAAGAAAUUCUCAAGUGGACCAAAGCGAAGCACGCUUUUGUGCUGUUAGGUGGGCAACGUCUUUGUUUGAUUUGAACCAUUGUCCAAGCCGAUUCAUUUGUAUGCUAGGGGUGGCAGAUUCUAAACUGGAUAUAAGGUAAAAGCAUCAGUGAUAACAUCCACCUUUGUAAUGAGAUAGUCAGAGGCUUUUCCAGAGAAUUUCACCCUCCUGCUACUCUAUGAAGGUGGGAGUCCAUAAAGCAUUUGAGUUUUGACAUUCUGAGGUUGGACUUUAUUUCUAAGGUUAUCAAGAUAGGGUUCCCAAUGGUGUUUGUGAA